CAUAUGGAAUCAUUUUGCAGAAACAUUAUCAUGGAUAGCGAAUAUCGAGUGAUUCUCAAUGUGGGUGGAAUUCGACAUGAAACUUACAAGCAUACUUUGAAAAAAAUUCCAGCUACGCGAUUGAGUAGGUUAACGACAAAUUUAGCGAAUUACGACCCCGUACUGAACGAGUACUUUUUUGAUCGCCAUCCGGGUGUUUUUGCUCUCAUCUUGAAUUACUAUCGAACUGGUAAAUUGCAUUACCCCUUGGAUGUUUGUGGACCGCUUUUUGAAGAAGAGUUAAAGAACAAGUUGCAGUACUGGGGUCUCGAUGCAAAUGAAGUCGAGCCGUGUUGUUGGAUGACAUACACGCAACAUCGAGACACGGAAGAAGUGCUGACUACUCUCGACAAGCUUGACAUCGAUUUCGAUGAAGAUCGUCUUAAGGAUGAAGAAGAAUUGUAUCGGCGAUUCGGAUGGGAAGAAGACUUCCACAAUCAUUCCUUAUCAAGAUGGCAGAGACUUAAACCAAAAAUUUGGUACUUAUUUGAUGAGCCUUAUUCAUCCAAUGGAGCAAAAGUAGUAGCCGUAAUUUCCGUCUUUUUCCUGAUCAUAGCUAUAUUGGUCUUUUGUUUGAAAACUCAUCCCGGCUUACGUGUAGCCGAAUUAAAUGACAUUUACGUGAAUGUUUCUGAACGUCACCACCGUGCUGUCAAUUAUCCUUUCAAAUACCGGACCGAAACUAUUGGUAUUGUCAAAUACAACUCCAAGCCACAUCCUGGCUUUAUAAUAGUAGAAACUGUCUGUAAUAUGUGGUUUACGUUGGAAAUACUUAUACGAUUCAUUACAUGUCCCAAUAAAAUAAAGUAUUUCAAAACUCCUGUGAACAUAAUCGACCUCAUAGCAACGCUAACUUUCUACGUGGAUCUCUUGAUGACAACCUUUGGUUCAUCUACAGCUGAUCUAGAGUUCUUCUCGAUUAUCAGGAUUAUGCGCUUGUUCAAACUUACCCAACAUUCCAGUGGGCUCAAGAUUCUUAUGCAUACAUUCAGGGCAAGUGCUAAAGAAUUAAUGUUGUUAGUAUUUUUUCUGGUUCUCGGUAUUGUGGUUUUCGCAUCGUUGGUUUAUUAUGCAGAACGAAUAGAAGUAAAUCCAGAAAACCAGUUUCAAAGUAUUCCAUUAGGAUUGUGGUGGGCGAUUGUCACAAUGACAACUAUUGGUUAUGGCGACAUGACACCUCAUACUUACCUGGGACGUAUUAUUGGUUCUGUAUGUGCACUCACUGGUGUGCUGACAAUUGCUCUACCUGUCCCAGUAAUCGUCAGCAAUUUCGCCAUGUUUUAUUCACAUACGCAAGCUCGUUCAAAAAUGCCUAAAAAGCGACGUGGUGUUCUCAGCCCUUACCAAGUUUGUCAAGCAACAACCUGGAAUGGGAUUAAAGCGCACUCAAGCAAUACGCGAAAAGCAAACAAUGAGGGAACCACUGAUAAUAAAGCAUAA